AUGAAUCCCAUGACACAGUUGUACUACAAGAAGGCGACAUACUCGCCGUACCGCGAUCGCAUCCCACUUCAGAUCGUCCGGGCUGAGGUGGAGCUGUCUGCCGAGGAGAGGGCCUACCUCACGGCUGUGGAGAAAGCGUGUGAUGCCGAGCCCGUGGCAGCUGUUCUCACACUCCUUAUCACGCCAGGAGGAGGGGGAAAAAAAAGAGAGGGAGUUCCCUCUCUGAUGAUGGACAGUCAGUUUUCAGAAUUUACCCCAGACAUAACUCCCAUCAUGCUCGCUGCUCACACCAACAACUACGAGAUCAUCAAGCUCCUCGUCCAGCGGAAGGUCACCAUUCCCAGACCACACCAGAUACGAUGUGACUGUGUUGAGUGUGUGUCCAGUUCAGAGGUCGACAGUCUUCGGCAUUCACGGUCUCGACUCAACAUCUACAAGGCUCUGGCCUCGCCAUCCCUCAUCGCGCUGUCCAGUGAAGAUCCCAUCCUCACAGCCUUCAGACUGGGCUGGGAACUCAAAGAGCUCAGCAAGGUGGAGAAUGAGUUUCGCCAGGAGUACGAGGAGCUAUCGCAGCAGUGCAAACGCUUUGCCAAAGACCUUCUGGACCAGGCCAGGAGCUCUAGAGAGCUGGAAACCAUCCUGAACCACAGAGACAACGACCAGAGCGAGGAACUGGACCCCAGACAGUGCCACGACCUGGCCAAGCUCAAACUGGCCAUCAAAUACCACCAAAAAGAGUUUGUGGCCCAGCCGAACUGCCAGCAGCUGCUGGCCACGCUGUGGUACGACGGCUUCCCGGGCUGGAGGAGACGACACUGGGCGGUCAAACUCGUCACCUGCUUCAUCAUCGGACUCCUGUUUCCUGUCUUCUCACUGAUCUACCUGCUGGCUCCUAAGAGCGCUCUGGGAAACUUCAUCAAGAAACCCUUCAUCAAGUUCAUCUGUCACACGGCGUCCUACCUGACCUUCCUCUUCCUCCUGCUGCUGGCCUCACAGCACAUCGCCCGCACCAACCUGCACAUGCAGGGACCCCCACCCACCAUCGUCGAGUGGAUGAUUCUCCCGUGGGUGCUGGGCUUCAUCUGGGCAGAGAUUAAGGAGAUGUGGGACGGGGGAUUCACAGAGUACAUCCACGACUGGUGGAACCUGAUGGACUUCGCCAUGAACUCGCUGUACCUGGCGACCAUAUCACUGAAGAUCGUGGCCUACGUUAAGUAUAACUCCUCUCGUCCCAGGGAGGAGUGGGAGAUGUGGCACCCGACGCUGAUAGCUGAAGCUCUGUUCGCCAUCGCCAACAUCUUCAGCUCCCUCAGACUCAUCUCCCUCUUCACCGCCAACUCCCACCUCGGGCCACUGCAGAUCUCACUGGGGAGGAUGCUGCUGGACAUCCUCAAGUUCCUGUUUAUUUACUGUCUGGUCCUGCUGGCGUUCGCUAACGGUCUGAACCAGCUCUAUUUCUACUACGAGACCAAGGCCUCAGAAGAACACAACAACUGCAAGGGCAUCCGCUGUGAGAGGCAGAACAACGCCUUCUCAACGUUAUUUGAGACUCUUCAGUCUCUGUUCUGGUCCAUAUUCGGGCUGUUAAACCUGUACGUCACCAACGUGAAGGCCCGGCACGAGUUCACAGAGUUCAUCGGGGCGACCAUGUUCGGGACUUACAACGUCAUCUCGCUGGUGGUUCUGCUCAACAUGCUGAUCGCCAUGAUGAACAACUCCUACCAACUCAUCGCUGACCACGCCGACAUCGAGUGGAAGUUCGCCCGCACCAAGCUGUGGAUGAGUUACUUUGACGAGGGUGGCACGCUGCCACCCCCGUUCAACAUCAUCCCCAGCCCCAAGUCCAUCUGGUACCUGCUCAUGUGGCUCCACAACAAGCUGUGCAGGAAAGGCCAGCUGCCCGGGGAGGACACGCACAAAUGUGAAAAUCUCAGAGAGUUCACGGAACGUCACGCUGACAGUCUGAUACAGAAUCAGCAUUACCAGGAAGUGAUCCGGAGCUUUGGUGGAGGUACGUGGGCGGCCAUGAUACCGCAGCGCCAAGCACAGACGAGCGACUGA